AUGCCCGGCCUGGGCACACGCAAGGCGCUGUCGGGAGACGUGCGCAAGAGCGCGGAUGUGAGAGCGAUCCGCUCUCUCAUGAAUGACGAAGCGGACUCGGCCCAUGCGAGGGCUGCUGGCGCUCUGGCGGCAAACGACCUGCUCUCCCCGCUGCAGGGAGACGCGGAUGCUGACGUGGAAACGGCGGAGGCUACGCGGAGGAGCCUGGAUGAGGCGCAGAGGAGGAGGGAUGAGGAGCAGAAGAGGAGGGAUGAGGAGCAGAAGAGGAGGGAUGAGGAGCAUAAGAAACAGGAUGAGGAGCAUAGGAAGAGAGAGGAGCAGAGGAUGAGGGAUGAGCAUCAGAAGAGGAAGGAUGAGGAGAAUAAGAGGAAGAGGGAGGAUGAUAAGAGGAGGAAGGAAAGGGAGAGAAAGCAGAAAGAUGACGAGAAAAAAAGGAGGGAUGAGGACAAGAGGAGGGAUGCGGAGCAGAAGAGGAGGGAUGAGGAGCAUAAGAAACAGGAUGAGGAGCAUAGGAAGAGAGAGGAGCAGAGGAUGAGGGAUGAGCAGAAGAGGAGGCAGCAUUAG